AUGGGCACCUCGACAAGCAAAUCGAAGACCCGUCAUGAUCUGACUCAAGGACACUACAAUUUCGAUGACACUCAAGAAAGAGCGAAAAUUUCGCAAGGAUACAUGGAUCAAGGCUAUGAUAUGUCUAGCUCAGCAAACGCGUCGGUGCAUGGAAACGACAAUCUCGGAUCCCAUGGAGAAAACAACAGUAUAGGGGUCCAUGUACAACCAAUCAACCCUAAGGAAGUGCCAAAUAUGGAGCCAAUUGAUAUCAAUUCACAUAAUGCUCUAAACGCGGACUCAGGCACACAUCCCGUAUGGAAUGAACGCAGGGAAGCUCGAUCCGGUGACCAAAGAACACGAGGAAUGGAAGAUGGGGGGAUCAGCCUCCAAAGUGCAGCUCUGAAGCCCAUCCAGAAGAAGUUUCGGAUGCAAAAAAUUCCAAAAUACAAUGGGACCACUGAUCCCAACGAGCACAUUAGCACAUAUACUUGUGGCAUAAAAGGAAAUGAUUUGGAGGACGAUGAGAUUGAGUCUGUUUUCCUAAAAAGGUUUGGGGAAACUCUGUCUAAGGGUGCCAUGUUUUGGUACAAUAACUUACCCCCGAACUCUAUUGAUUCGUUUGCCAUGUUGGCAGACUCAUUUGUAAAGGCGCAUGCCAGCGCCAUAAAAGUUGCAACAAGGAAGUACGAUGUAUUCGAAAUAAAACAAAGGGAGAACGAGAUACUGAUGGAGUUUGUAUCCCAUUUCCAGUCAGAACGAAUGGAGUUACCACCAGUCUCUGAUGACUAG